AUGACGACAGUAAGUUUGACCUGCCUGCCUUUUGAAAACCAUUGGAAAGUCCGCAUUUUGCCCGGCGAAUAUUGUAUUUUCCGCCCGCAAAACUUUUAUGCUUUGGUCAUCCUCAACGUUGUUACCGACGUUUUCAUCUUGGUUAUCCCGCUUCCUUUGCUUUGGCACUUGCGUAUAUCAAUAUGGAAGCGCGUCGGCGUUAUUUUGCUGCUUUCCGGCGGGUUAUUUGUCAUGUCGGCCGCUAUCAUCCGCUGCGCCAUCACCAUCGCGGCGGCGCCGAGCAUUCUUGUCAUCAAUAUCUGGGGGUACAGAGAGACCUUUGUCGCGCUCGUGGCCGUUACGGCCCCGGUCAUAAGCCCCAUGUUCAGGAGGAGAUUUUGGAACCGUGGCGGGUGGGUUCGUACGCCACCGGCGACGGAUUUGCAGUGCCGCCAGGCCGCGGCGGAGCUCGGGCAGAUUGAGAGGAGGCGGAGGUUGGCACAUGUGCAGGGAGCGCAGAUUGCUUCCGCCAGCUCGGCACACAAUUAG